GGGGCAGCAUGGCGGCGCCCGGUGGCGGCUUGGGGGCGGAGGAGGCGGCGGAGGCCCCGGCGCUGGGGAGGCUGGAAGAGGAGGCGAGGAGGCGGCGGGAGAGGCUGAAGGCGCUGCGGCAGCGCACGCUUCAGAAUCAGGACAGUGGGGAACAUGAGAACAAGAAGUUCAGAGAAGAUGAUGAAGAGGAGACCGUCAAACACAAGGAGAUCAAACUGAGAAACUACGACCCUGAAGAUGAGGAGCUGAAGAAGAGGAAGGUGCCUCAGGCCAAGCCAGCCUCAGUGGAAGAGAAGGUGAAGGAGCAGCUGGAGGCUGCCAAGCCAGAGCCCAUCAUCGAUGAGGUGGACCUGGCAAACCUGGCGCCCAGGAAGCCUGACUGGGAUCUGAAGCGAGAUGUGGCCAAGAAGCUGGAGAAGCUGGAGAAGAGGACACAAAGAGCCAUUGCUGAGCUGAUACGAGAGCGGCUGAAGGGGCAGGAGGAGGAGCUGGCAUCUGCCGUGGGGUCAGCCAAGCAGGAGGGCAGCGACUCAGACUGAGGAGGUCCAUCCAGCAGCCUGGGGGGUGGCUUCUCCACAGCUGCCUCUGCCUGCCAAUCCCAGUGCUCUUGGGCAGAGGCAGCUCCCUGGGGUACACUUUGUUGGGAGCCCACUGAUGUCACCGUGCCUGAAGGAGAGGGACAGGUCCAAGGAGUCCUCCUGUCCUCUGUGGGACUGUGGCUGGCUUUGGAGGAACACUUCAUAGAGAGCUUCUAGGACCCUGAGGGGCAGAUGGGAGCAGAACAGACAUCCACCUUAGCUUGAACCUGGGACACCAGGACCUGGAGCAGAGAAGAAGUGGGCAGAAGGGUCAGACAAGGUAAAUUCAGGCCAACUCUCCUCUUGCAUGUUGGGUGAAUAAGGUGAUGUCCACACAGCCCAACAGCAGCCCUAAGGGAGGCACCAGCACUUCCCAGGGGCCUGCUCCAGGUGUUGCUUUCUGCAGAAGAGCUGCUGUGGCUGCCAGGUGGGCACAAGGAGCUGUCUUGCUCUGCAGAGCUGCCUCUGAGUGCUGAGGAGCAUCCAUGGUCAGCCCCAGCUCGUGCAGAACGGCUCUGCUGGAAGGGGCUGUGUGGCCUGGCACAUGUUGGCUGCUCUGAGUCCAGCUGAGGCCAAGGUGGGCUUUGUUCUGCUCCCUGAAGUUUCCUGAGCAUCCAUGCCCUGCAGCGUGGACCUCUCCUCUGGGCUUUGUAAUUGACAAAGGUUGUUGUCAAUAAAGCUUUUUGUAACCAAA